GCAGCGGCGGGGCAGAGGGGGAGGCUGCAGGGUGGAAAAUACACGAGCUGCGAAUCCCAAAGACCUGCCAAACUUUUUAACUAUUAUCACACGCUUUUUUCCCCCUUUCCUAACCCGACUCGGUGACUGGGAAGAUGACCACAGCAGUGGUGUCGCCUUUCUUCGACUUUGAAGUGAUAAACAAGAAUAAUAAAUUCAACUACAUCAACAACCUGGGGGGCCCUCACCCAGUGUCUGUCCCUUGCACUGGCACUAAUGUGCCCAUCUCCAAUGCCGCCGGAUCCCUGCUGGACAGGAAGGCGGUGGGAUCUCCAGCAAUGGGAGGCGUGUACCAUCGGCGGCACUCUGUCAGCAGCACAAAGUUCAGCCAGAACCAGUUUCUGAAUAGCCUGAAGACUGUGGAGCACUCCUCGCUCAUCUCGGGGUCUGGCAACACCAGCAGCAACAACAAGGAGACCCGCAUGCGAGACCGCUCCUUCUCUGAGACGGGCGAGAGGCUUCUUAACAAGUGCAUGGAUCCUUCCAGCCCCACAUGCGGCGGCAGCAGCCCGGUGAACUCCAGCCGUUACAAAACGGAGCUCUGUAGGCCCUUCGAGGAGAACGGCACCUGCAAAUACGGCGACAAGUGUCAGUUUGCCCACGGAGUGCACGAACUGCGCAGCCUAAGCCGCCAUCCCAAAUACAAAACAGAGCUGUGCCGCACCUUCCACACCAUCGGCUUCUGCCCCUACGGGCCACGCUGCCAUUUCAUCCACAAUGCCGAGGAACGCCGUGGACCUCCACAGCAGUCCUCUCCUUUAAACUCUUCCAACAAGCUGGAGAGGCCUCGGCUGCAGCACAGCUACAGCUUUGCAGGCUUCUCCAGCUCUGGUGGGCUUCGGGACAGCCCGACCUCUGUCACCCCACCACCCAUGUUCUUCCCAGAUGAGGUCCCAAACUGGCCCAGCAGCAACCCUUUCACCUAUUCCAGCCAGGAGCUGGCCAACCUGUUUGGGCCUAGCCUCAGUGCCGGUACUGCAGGCGCGGAGCCCAACAGCGCCGCACCGCCCUCUCCAACGGGCACACCUUACUUCUUCAGACCCAUGUUGGAGUCUCCUCAGCUGUUCGAGCCCCCUUCUAGCCCCCCAGACUCUCUGUCAGACCAGGAAGGCUACCAGAGCAGCUCUGGCUCAGAGUCUCCCUCGCUAGACAACAGCCGCCGCCUUCCCAUCUUCAGCCGCCUUUCAAUCUCUGAUGAGUAACUGGCACACAUCUAGAGAUCAGUGAUACAAAGAGGCACUCCCCUCUACCUCUGCUCCCUUCCCUGAGCUUCUGUCCUCCCUUAAUUUGAUUACUACAUCCUUACAUGAGCAAGGAUCUGCAGUAAGGGAACAAAAUUAUAAUUCCACCCCAGCUGAUCUGCACGUAAAGUUUUAGAAAUGCCAUGUGUCAUAGUGCCAAA